GUUGUUUCAAAACAAGAGUCUGCUGAUAGAGAUCACUCAACAACAGCAGGUAAAGAAAUAGAUUAUAGUCCAUGACCUGAGUCCUUAGUCUGCCAUUCAGGCCUCAUCAGUUUGGUCCGAUCCAAACCACCGUCACAGUUUGUGAUCUUCUUUGUUUUCUCUUUAUGAAUUAUUAAUGAGUUUUAGAAUAGAUCUGCUUAAACUCUCUGGAAUUAUAAUUUUCAUCUAUGUGUUUGAGUAUAUUUUUUUUUACGGUUCUGGAGGUGAAUGCAAACUGAAGUUGUGAUGUAAACAUGCAAAUGGGAUUCAAAAUGCCUACAGUCCCAUGUUUUCUGAGCAUUGUGAGUGUGGACAAACCUACUUGCCGUAAAAACCUAUGAUCAAAUACUUGUCCAAGUGUGCAGGGUACUUUAGCAAAAUGAAAUGUGGAGGAAUGUAGUGUGCAUUGUUUUGCAAAAGAGAGGAUAACGUCGUGACAGUGAAUAUUUUGUAACACGGAGUCUUGGGUCUGUUCAUAGGUUAGGUUGAGCUUUAAAUAUUGUACGGUUCAUUGUAUAGGCCACUUUUACAUUGCCCAUAAUACACCUUGCAUGGUUACCAUCCAUAAUUUCGCAAAGUAUUGUUUUCUCUUUUCAAUUCCUAUGCAAAAUUAGGCUCGAUUACCAGCCGCUGUUCGGGAAAAUGAGCCGGCGGAAAUCGAGCCUAAUGCAAAAUUUGCUGGGAGUAAGGCCGGGGAUACAAGGCGUGUAUUAUCCGCUGUAUCAUAUGUAGAAGUGGCGAACUGCAUUUAAUUCAUACAUGUCAAAUAAAUGUUUCAGAUGACAUAACGCACUAAUUAAACUGAUCUGAUCGUGCGCAGUGUUGGUUCCUGUGUUUGCAGAAAAAUAAUUUCUUAAACUUGUUUGUAAAGAGAAAACAAAGAAAAUCACAACUUACCAUGACGGUGGUUUGGAUAUCAGAUAAUAUUAUUAUCAUAAAAUUUUGCAAAAUUUAAUAUCUUUGACUUAAUUCUCCAAGAAUUGUACCAUAAAUGAUGGAUGGAGACACGUGUACCUCGAAGUCGGUCUUUAAAGACUCGGCUACGCCUGAAAUACCAGAGGAAACAUUUCACUUCAUAAUUUCUUAUUGUUUCAUUUGAGAAGACAUCACGGCCUCGUGCUUUCAUCUGUUUCUUGGUGUUUGGAACCCAUGAUGAAACACUCUCCCUCAUUUUUUCAUAUUAUGCAAAAAUCUCUAUAGUCUCUUAGUUAAUGGAGAUUCAGCAGGGUAAUGGAUCAUUUUAAAACUAUAGUUUUUGGUACUGUCACUGUUCUGUGUCUUUGAGACUCCUUGUUACAAGGUGUAACAAAAAACUCACUUAUUGAAGUCUAAAAUGAUUGUUAAACUCGGCUUCACAAAAUAACAUGAUUUUUCAGUGUCUAUUUAUUAAUUGCCCAUGCAUGCUGAAUAACUGAUCUGCUCACCACCUUGUUUUGACAAAUCACUAUAUUUUGCUCACGCUCGUAAAAUAAUUAUGUUAGUUCACAACAGCUUAAGAGACUUGGUCUUCAGCUGUGAGUGUGUUAAUGCACCAACAAUUCUCAAGUUGAGAUCGACACCCAUGGCUGGAGACAUUGUAAACGACUGUGGCGAUCAGUGUACGAAGCCCUAGAGCUUCUCCUUGCUCUCUUCCAUAGGCCACAUCUGAUAUUCACAAGUGCAGUUAAUUUUGAAAUUCCUCCACCAAAUGAUUCGUACCUUAAUUUAUUAGACUACUAAUUGAUGUUUAUUCACCAUAAUGUAUCGUAUACGCUGUAGUUUUUGUUAAUGUUAUGUUUUUUAUGCAAUGGUUAGGAUCCGAGAUGUCAGAAUCUUCACAGGAUGGCAGCUCUGAUGACAUCACAGCCCAGGCUAUAACUGGAGUCCCAUCUAAAGAUGAUACAAGCAACCCUCAAGGGGACCCUCCUGAGCUUAUAAAUAAAGGUCUUCCAUCCUUCACUGAUAUUAAGGCAAUAACCAAACCUCCAAAAGAUGCUGAUCUGCCUGUUGACAUUCUGUUACUUACAGUUACAAACUGUGAGUUCUUAGCUUGUUAUAGUGAGCUAAAAAACCCCUAUAGAUGUUGGUUUGAUGGUCUGGGCUAUGUUUACUUUUCUGAUGUGGGUGAAAGUCAAGAGGAGUUGAAAGUUGCUUUAUUAAGAUGUUACAGAAAUGGUAUUGGUCCUGGUGGUUCUCUUGUGUCUGUAAAGAAUGCUGCCUCUGUGCUAAGACCCAAAGCAGUUAUUUCAGUAGGAACAUGUAGUGGCCUCAACCCUGCAAAAUCCAAGUUAGGAGAUGUUGUUGUGUCUGCCAAAUUAGCAACAUAUGCAUCGAAAGUAGUGACCAGCAAUCAAGAGCAGUCAACGGGUAUGAGAAGUUAUGUGAGCAAACGCUUUCUGAAUGUCAUUAAAAAUUGUACUGAUGGCUGGCAAGCACCUUUGCAGGAUCCUGAAGCUCAGCACGUUCAAGUUUAUACUGACGCGGAGUUUUUGAGUGGACCAGAACAAAUCAGAGCUGAGUGGCGGCGUGAUCAACUUGCUGAAACCAAUCCUCAGGCUAUGGCAAUCGAAAAUGAAGGAGAAGGUGAGUAGACUUUUUAAUAUGCAGCCAGCCUUAGGAAGUGCGUGCAGUCAGGUCUCUUUUAACUCUAUAGAUAUGUUGGUUGCUUUUGAUUCAGUGUUGAUUUCAAGUCAUUGCGCCGAUUGUUUGCUUGUUUGAGUUUAAUACACCCGUAUUAUAAUAAUUUUUUCGCUGAAAAGAUGGGGCUGCCCUCCCAAUUUAUGGGUCUUCAUUGUUCAGUUGUUAGAGCACUGUCCUGCUAACAGAGAGGCUAUUGGUUCAAAUUCCCUUGAAGCUACCCUCCCCUCCUUAAUUUUUUUUCAGGUUAAUUUGCAAUCAUUGCUUAGAUUGCUAUUACAAUUACAACAAUUAUAUCUGCAAAUUAAACCCAGUGACAAAAGAUAGGUAUGGGAAAGGUGCCUGGUGAAACUGAAGGGAGUUGCAAGCGAGCCUAGAAGGUAGCCAUGACAACCCAAUGAGUGGCACCUACCAGGCACUGUCACUCUGAGACCUUCAGUGGAGAAAUGUGCAAAUACUUACCAAAAAAACAUCCAAAGGGAAGGAAGCACUGGGAGCAAAAAUGCGAAAGUAACAUAGCAACAUGAGCAAAAUGAUUUACUAUAGGGAAACUCAAAGUGCUGUAAAAUACAAUGAAACCUCUAUUAAGUGGACACCUUCGGGACCUUCCCAAGUGUCCGCUUAGUAGAGGUUUGUAAAAAUUGCGCAAUGUUUGUCAACGAUUAACAUUCAACGGUUACUCUGUACUGUGAUAAAGUUGCGUGUUGUUAAAGAAGCUAUCAAGAGUUCAACUUCAUUACCUUUCAUUACCAACUUUAAUUUGCUUCCAAAUGAAAAAACAUUAACUGUCACUACAGUACGUAUUUCAAGGAGGUAGUCUAAUUCUACUAUUGUCAUUUCAGUCUGGUGUCCGCUUAAUAGAGGUUUUCAACAAAAGAAAUUAUCCAAAUACAAUUCAUUUUAUUGUCCGUGUCCGCCUAAUAGAGGUGUCCGCAGAAUAGAGGUUCGUUAUACUGGAAAAUAUAGGACAUUAAUUUCGGAACCUGGCUUAGUGUCCGCUUAACAGAGGGUGUCCGCUUAAUUGGGGGUCCGCUUAAAAGAAUUAGUGAUGGAGACCACUGUCUAAAUUACAUUUAGCCACAUUAACCCAACGACAAUAGAUGGGUGUGGGGAAGGUGCAUGGUGAAACUGAAAGAUGCCGCAAGUGAGCUUGGAAGGUAACCAUGACAACUUUGUGAGUGGCACCCACCCAAACCAGUCUACAUGUGCUUGAAGAAAAAACGGGGACCGCAAACAGGGGAGUCACAAACUCCCUCGCAAUAAAAACUAAAGAAAAGCAACUCACCACUAAAGAAUGGAGGCCGUGACAGUGAACAGGAGAGGAAAGAUGACAGCAGACCUUGUGUGACAAGUGUGACAGUAAUUUUGUUUGAAAUAACUUUUUGCCAAACUUCACUUUCCUUUAAACAGAUCUUUUUGUAAAAGACCAGAAAACAUUAAUGUUAAGUGAACGUUUCGACAAAACACACAAGUAAUAGCCCUGUCAUGUUUGUCACACACAAGUGUUUUGCUGUCCUCUUCUUCCUGCCGUUCUUUUGCAUAAACAAACUAAUGCAUGCCUGAAGCAGGUCUACCAGAGCAAAGUCACGAGCUGUCCGCAACCUCAAUCCAAACUUGAACGACUGGGAAGGAGGCAUUACAGUUCACAUACUCUACAUUCUUCAACUCCAGUUAGCUUCAUUUAUUUUUCUCUUUUUUAUUGAAAGUUAGUUUUGCAAAAUAAUGUACUGUAAGCUAUAUGCAUGUAGGACUGUCUUCAACAUUUACUCAAGUGCCAUUUUCUUUAUUGUUCUAUAGGAGUGUUUACAGCAGCAUUUGACUGUCAAAUUGAGUGGUUAAUUGUGAAAGGGAUAACUGAUUAUGCAGAUGGUUCUCAGUUGCCUUCAGAGAGUUGGUCUUCCUGUGCCAGUGUGAUGGCAGCAUCUCUUGUCGCACACAUUUUGAGUGAGCCCUGUGUUUUUCGUUCAUGGCCUCAUUACCAAGGUAAAUAUUUCACAUAAUGUUAUGUCCCUUUUGGGCAUGUUGUUUUACGGAAACUAGGGGUGCGUUACAGUGUACUUCCUUGAUCCCGUCAUAAGCUCAACACUGCAUUAUGGGGUUGGUGCCACACAUGACAUCUUUUUCUGUUUAAAACAGCUUUUUAAUUGAACUUGAUUAUAUUGGUCUAGAUUAUUGUCAUGGUUUCUUCAAGGAACCUACAAACUGUAAGAACAUUGAUUAGAAGAGACCUCUUGUCAUUUUAAACCAAAAAGAGAUUAAAUUACAGUUAUGUAACUGAACCCAAAAAGUUGUGGAUUUUGUUGUGAAAUAGGGUAUAGAUUAGAAGAACCUUUUCAGGUUGAACA